AUGAACAGUCCAAAGUACAGGUUGGGUAGAACUAGAGAACUAGAGAAGACAAUUUUGUUGGAAGAGACAAUGGUGAAAGUAACAGCAGAAGGAAAAGCAUGGAAGAAGUGGGAGACAUUGGUGGAGAAGAAACUUGACAGACUUGUUGGAAGCAAAACAUGGCAAAGGAGGCAAAGUGGAGGGCAGAGCGCCUGCGCUCACCUCCCCCGAUUGACCCCUGCGCUCUCCCCGCCAAAUCAGCCCUUUCCCACAGCCCGACUCCCUUCCACUCCCUGCCGUUACCUCAUUAUCUAUCGGUCUCGGGUGUCCUCCUCACAAUCUCGGCCAGGGCGGAGAGGAGACGGCUGGGCCAUUGCCUCCGCCAAACGCACCAUUCCCGUCCCUCCCGCGCCCGCUCCUCCUCCUCCCGCCGCUGCUGCUUUAACCGCCGCCGCCUCUUUAGAGUCACCGCCGUCUCGGGGAGAAAGGAGGGGGAGGGGGAAAGAGACCUGCCCUCCCGGCUUCUUCUCCCUCUCACACGCCCGCUGUAUUACUGCGCAACGCGGAGAGAGACCAAUCCCCGGGCAGCCAACCGAGUUUUCCUUCACGCAGCGAUCCCGCCCCUCUUCCAAAUGA